UCGAGCACGUAGUCGCGGCACAUAACAAUCAAAAAGAACAAGCAACAAAAAGAGGCAAAAAAGAAAAACAAAAAUUACCGAAAAAACAAACGCGCAUCCGUUGUUGGAUGAUUCCGAUCCAUAUGAGAUACAAAUAAAAAUCUAUAUACCAUAUAUAUAACAUGCUGAAGAUGGAUGGCCAGCAAAGUGUUUUCAUCGAUGACGUUUAAAAUACAAUUUCGCCGUCGCUGUUGAUGGAUAACUUGAAAAAUUUGGUGUGAAAUGUUUCCUCGGUUAUACACCAAGAAUUCUUCUCUGUGACAAAUUCGAUCAGUUCUCUGGAUCUCAAUCAGUCUAGGUCGAUAUAUGUACAUAUGUGUGCGUGUAUGUGUAUGUGUUUGUGAAAACCUUUGGCCAUUUAGCGCUAAUUGCGGCCAACAACAAGAAAGUCAAGUGCAAUUGCCAUUUGGCUGGUUUGGUUUACCUGCCUGCAAGCCAAGACCAAAUUAACCCAAUUUCCCAAAGCCGGCACUAACGGAUUAACUUUCGUCAUACGAAAAGGCCAUUACGAGUUUGGCCAAAAACAAAUUUGUUCUCUCGGAGACAACAUCAACUCAAUUUAAUGUGCAAGUGAAGUGAAGAAAAAUUGGUAGAACAACAUUUAAUACAAGAACAUAUUGAAUGCAAAACUCCGUCGGCAGAUUCAGUUAAUUAUACGAAUCGUUGUACCAAUCUCCAGCAUGGAUCCCGAUUGCUUUGCCAUGUCUUCGUACCAGUUUGUCAACUCGCUGGCCUCCUGCUAUCCGCAGCAGAUGAAUCCACAGCAAAGCCAUGCGGUUGGUGGCAACAGUGGGGCAAGUACAAACGGCGCUGGCGGAGGAGGGGGCGGCGGGCCUGGUGGCAGCGGCGGCGGUGCCAAUUCGGGGGCAGCCACACCGGGGGCAAAUGAUUAUUUUCCAGCAGCGGCUGCUUAUACGCCAAAUCUCUAUCCAAAUACACCGCAAGCUCAUUAUGCCAAUCAGGCGGCUGCCUAUGGAGGACAGGGAAAUCCCGAUAUGGUGGACUAUACACAAUUGCAGCCGCAACGUUUAUUGCUUCAGCAGCAGCAGCAGCAACAACAGCAGCAGCAACAGCAACAUGUUGCUGCCGUUGUAGCCCAACAACAGCAGCAGCAGCAACUUCACCCGCAACAGCAGCAACAAACACAGCAGCAACAGCAGCAGCAGCAGACAAACAUCAGCUGUAAAUAUGCCAACGAUCCGACAACGCCGACGGGUGGCAGUAACAACAAUAACAACAAUAGUUCAAGUAGUAAUAACAAUAACAACAAUCAAUCAUUGGCCAGUCCCCAGGAUCUAUCCACACGCGACAUAUCGCCCAAAUUGUCACCCAGUUCAGUAGUGGAGAGUGUCGCGAGGUCUCUGAACAAAGGAGUCUUAGGCGGUAGUCUAGCAGCCGCAGCAGCCGCCGUAAGUCUCAACAAUAAUCACAGUGGGGGUGGUCCUGUAGGCGGUGGACCUGGCGUCCAGGUGCCAAUGCACAGUCCGGGCGGCGGUGAUUCGGAUUCAGAGAGCGACAGCGGCAACGAGGCUGGCAGCAGUCAGAAUAGCGGCAAUGGCAAAAAGAAUCCACCACAAAUCUAUCCAUGGAUGAAAAGAGUGCAUCUUGGGCAAAGUACUGUGAAUGCCAACGGCGAGACAAAACGACAACGGACCUCAUACACCCGCUAUCAAACACUGGAACUGGAAAAGGAAUUCCAUUUCAAUCGUUACCUGACGCGUCGGCGACGCAUCGAAAUUGCCCAUGCGCUCUGUUUAACGGAAAGGCAAAUUAAAAUCUGGUUCCAGAAUCGACGCAUGAAAUGGAAGAAGGAGCACAAAAUGGCAUCAAUGAACAUAGUGCCCUAUCACAUGGGUCCCUAUGGCCAUCCCUAUCAUCAGUUCGAUAUCCAUCCGUCACAGUUUGCGCAUUUGAGCGCAUAGGACGC